CGGGCCCAGCCCCCACUGGCGGGCGUGACUCCCGGGGCGGGGGAAGCCUCGCGGAGGGGCAGCUGCGGUGUCGGCCGCGCCGGGGCAGCCGGAGCGUCUGAACUGGACGGGACGCCUCUGGGGCGAAGCCCCGCCCGGCCCCGUCACGCCCCCGGGAAGAGCUCCGGCGCCCAGCAGGCUCCGCGGCCGGCCCAGCGAGCGCCAGGCGGCGGCGCGGGAGAUUCAAACCUCGCAGGCGGAGCGAGCGGGAGCGGCGAUGGCGCAGCGCGGCCGGGCUCCCUCCAGCUAUGAGCGUCUCACGGCGGAUGAGAUGGACGAGAGGCGGCGGCAGAACGUGGCCUACCAGUAUCUCUGCUACUUGGAGGAAGCCAAGCGCUGGAUGGAGGCCUGCCUGAAGGAGCCGCUGCCCCCUCCGACGGAGCUGGAGGAGAGUCUGCGCACUGGCGUCACCCUGGCCAAGCUCGGGCAUUUCUUCGCUCCGGAUGUCUGUCCCUUGGGGAAGAUCUAUGACCUCGACCAGGCCCGUUUCCAGGCCUGUGGGCUCCAUUUUCGACACACAGACAACAUCAACCGCUGGCGGGAUGCUAUGAGCCGUGUUGGGCUGCCUGUGAUUUUUCAGCCCGAAACCACCGAUAUCUAUGACAAGAAGAACAUGCCUCGUGUGGUGUAUUGCAUCCAUGCCUUAAGUUUAUACCUGUUUAAAUGUGGGCUGGCUCCCCAGAUUCAGGAUCUGUAUGGAAAAGUUGACUUUACAGAUGAGGAAAUAAACCACAUGAAAGGGGAGCUAGAGAAAUAUGGCUUGCAGCUACCCUCCUUCAGCAAAAUCGGUGGCAUCCUGGCUAAGGAGCUCUCGGUCGACGAGGCAGCAGUGCAUGCUGCCAUCCUGGCUAUCAACAAAGCGGUAGAAGUGGGGAUUGUGGCAGAGACCAUGGCGGCUUUGUGCAACCCCAGCGCCAGGCUGGUGGGUCUGCAGGAGAGUUUGGGAGGCCCCUACCAGGAAGAGCUCUGCCGGGCCAAAGAAGAGAAGGCCGAGAACGCAAAGAAUCGGCAUCUGCAGAAGAAACCUGAUGGGGAAGACAUUUACGACCACUGUUUGACCCAAGCUGAAAUCCAAGGCAGCAUCAAUUUGAUGAACAUCAGGAGUGCCCUUGAGAUGGUGGAGGACGCUCUGGAGGCCCAGGACCCUCAGACCUUGUACCACGUUUUGCAAGAUCCUAUCCUAGCCCUGAAGAGCCUGCAGCGAGACAACGCCAGCUGGUACCUGGAUCAACUCUCUGCUGACCGGGAAGAGAAGGCCCUGGAAUUGGGACAUGUUGACUUGCUUGAGCAAGGAGAAAUUCAAGCUGGACUUUAUGUGGCCAACCAGAGAAGUGAUCAGGAGCGGGCUGCCGCGCAUGCUGUGAGCCACAUCAACGCCUCCUUGCGAAGAGGAAUUGCGGAAGAGACGGUGCGCGCCCUGGCGAAGCCCGAGGCUCAGCUCCCGGAGGUCUUCCCCUUUGCUGCUGAGCUCUACCAGCAAGACCUGUCUGCCCUGCAGCGGCAGCAGCCCCAGGGGAAGCUGGCCCAGGAAGAGCUCUUUGUGGCCGUGGAGAUGCUGUCCGCCGUGGCGCUGGUCAACCAGGCCCUCGAGGGUGGAGACAGCGCCGGCUUCUGGAGGAGCCUCCUCAGCUCCAGCCUGGGCCUCUGUGGCGUCGAGGAGAGCCACUCCCAGCGUUAUUUCGAGAGCCUGUCCAAACAGAAGUGCCUCUUUCGGGAGAACCGGCGGAACUUCCUGAGUUGGAACGAUAUCCAGGCCUCAGUGAACGACGUGAACGCCUUCGUCCAAAAAGAGCAGGAAAAAAUCCUGGCUGUCCGGCUGAUCAACGAGGCUCUGCAGGGCGACUGUCCAGAGAAGACCCUCAGGGCUCUGCUCCUGCCAUCGGCCAACCUCACCGAUGUGAUGCUCCCCAGAGCCAAGCGGUACCAUUUUGUUCUGGCCCAGAUGUCGAGACAGAAGGCCCAGGUGACAGGAGACCCCGGAGCGCUCUUGUGGUGGGAAGAAAUCCAAGAGGCGGUCUGCAGGGCCAACCAAGACAGCAAAGCUGCACAGCAAAUGGCCCUGGGCGUUGCUGCCAUCAACCAGGCCAUCAAGGAGGGGAACGCAGCCCAGACUCUGCGCGUCCUGCGCAAUCCGAACGUGGGCCUCUGUGGCCUGGUGGCAGAGUGCGCCGUGGCUUAUCAGGCGCAGUUCUCUGCUGUCCUGGCAGCACGAAGGCCGGCAGGGGGCCACCCAGAGGCGCUCUGGGCACGGCACAGACUGAGAGAUGGCUCAGAGUACUACUUCCACCUGCGGUCCUUUGAGGGGUCCUGGGAGCAGCCCCGGCCCCUCACCCUCAACACGGCCCAUCUCAGCCAAGAGGAGAUCCAGGCGGCCAUCAACUGCGUGUCUUCCGCACACGACCGGGAGCGCCUCUGGCAAUCCUAUGCCUGGCUUGUUGUCCAGCUGCAGGCCCGGAUGAGGGGCUUCCUGGUCCGCCACCACUGGACGGCUCGGCAACGGUUCCUAUCCCAGCAGGUGCCGGCAGCUACCAAAAUCCAGGCCACCUGGCGUGGGCACCUGCAACGCAGAAGCUACUUGGAGAGACUGCACUACUUGCGGAGGAACACAGCUGCUGCCAUCAAAAUCCAGUCCUGGGUGCGGAUGUGGCUUGCCCGAAAACAGUACCUGGAGCGCCUGCGCUACUUCAGGAAGAAUGUUGCAGCCGUGAUUAGGAUCCAGGCCUUCGUUCGCGCAAACAAGGCAAGAGAGGCUUAUAGGGUGCUGGUGCACAGCAGGGACCCGCCACUCAGCGUCAUCCGACGUUUCGCCCACCUGCUGGAGCAGAGCCAGCGCGACUACCAGGAGGAGAUGGAGCUGCUGGGGCUCCAGGAGAAGCUGGUGAGGGGGAUCCGUUCCAACCAGCAGCUGGAGAACGACCUCAACCUCAUGGACAUCAAGAUUGGAUUGCUGGUCAAGAACAGGAUCACCCUGCAGGAGGUGGUGUCACAUUGCAAGAAGUUGACCAAGAAGAACAAGGAGCAGCUCUCCAGCCGGAUGGACGAGAACAAGGAGAACGGGCUGAAGGCGCUCAGCAGGGAGAAGCGGAAGACGCUGGAGGCCUAUCAGCACCUCUUCUACCAUCUGCAGACUCAGCCAGUGUAUCUGGCCAGGCUGCUCAUCCAGAUGCCACCCAACAAGUCAACCAAGUUCAUGGAGUCGGUGGUCUUCAGCCUCUACAGUUACGCCUCCAGCCCCAGAGAGGCUUACCUCCUGCUCCAGCUCUUCCGGCGUGCCCUGCAAGAGGAGAUCGCGUCCAAAGUGACUCAGCUGCGGGAGAUCCUCACAGGGAACCCCACUGUGAUCCGCAUGGUGGUGAGCUUUUAUCGCAAUGCCCGUGGGCAGAACGCCCUGCGCCAGAUCCUGGCAGAGCCGGUGUGGGAGGUUCUGCAGAACAGGAGCCUGAGUAUUCGCACCAGCCCCGUGGAGAUCUACAGAGGGUGGAUCAACGAGAUGGAGUCCCAGAGUGGACAGCAGAGCCAUCUGCCAUACAAUGUCACCCCGCAACAAGCCCUCGGUCACCCAGAGGUCCAGAGGCGGCUGGACGUCUCCCUCGGCCAUCUCCUCGUGCUGGCAGACAAGUUUCUCUCAGCCAUCCUUUCGUCGGUGGAGAAGAUCCCGUACGGAAUGCGCUACAUGGCCAAAGUCUUGAAGGCAACCUUGACUGAGAAGUUUCCAGAUGCCUCCAAGGAAGAGAUCUACAAGGUAGUGGGCAACCUGCUCUACUAUCGCUUCAUGAACCCAGCGGUGGUGGCACCAGACGGCUUUGAUGUUGUGGACCUCUCUGCUGGAGCACCCCUGCACCCCGACCAGAGGCGCAAUUUGGCCUCAGUGGCCAAGAUCCUGCAGCACGCGGCUGCCAACCAGCUUUUCGAGGGAGAAAACAGCCACUUGAACGUGGUAAAUCAGUACCUGGAGGAAGCACACCAGAAAUUCAGAGCAUUCAUCAACACAGCCUGUUCGGUCUCUGAACCCGAAGAGAGAUUUAAUAUGGACAAAUAUUCUGAGCUGGUGGCUAUCGCCAAACCAGUGGUCUACAUAACAGUUGGGGAGCUGGUCAACACCCACAAGUUGCUGCUGGAGCACCAGCAUUCCCUGGCUCCCGGUCCCCAGGAUGUUCUGCACAAACUUUUGCAAGACCUUGGCGAGGUGCCAACUGUUGCCUCGUUGACAGGCCACAGCCUGGGACAAGGGGCGAACGGGACCUGGGAGGAUGCUUUGUCUCGGCUCUCCAGAAUGGAGCUCUCGCUCGUCCUCAGCAGCAAAUACGGCGGGGUGGAAGCCGAAGGCAAGGGGGAAACAGAUGCCAAAGGCCUGUGGCUGAGCACCAAACAGAUGCUGGUGGAUGUGAUCCAGUCCCAGCCCAGAGACUCCCUGGCUGAGAUCCUGCACUCAGAGGCAUCGGAAGAGGAGGAGCAGCUCCACCGACGGCUACUGCAGAGAAGGGCCACCGGCCACCCCCAGGACCGGGAGUGGGCACUGCACGGACACUCCCAGGCUGGCAGCCGCCAUCUUUCCCUGGAGGAGAAGAAGAAGAAAGUCCUGGAGCGCCUGGAACGCCUGGCUUUGGUGGGCUCGGCCAGCCCGUCCCGGGCCCUGCUCAGCGAGAUUGCCCAGGACAUCCGCUCUCAGAGGCAUCACCGGCAGCGCCGCAGGGGGCAGCUGGCCAAGCUGCAGCAGACCCUGCGAGGUCUGACCGCCAAGCGUCGCUUCUACCAGGAGCAGGUGGACUACUACCAGAAGUACCUCCGCACCUGCCUGGACAACCUGGCCGCCACAGACAAGCCCAGCAAGAAACAGGCUGUGCUGCAUUACACGGCGGCCCGUCUGUUUGAGAAGGGGGUCCUGCUGGAGAUUGAGGACCUCCCACCAAACCAACUUAGAAAUGUCAUUUUUGACAUUAUCCCUUCCCGGGAAGCUGGCAAGUUUCAGGUCAAGGCGAAGUUUAUGGGGAUCGAUAUGGAAAACUUUCAGCUUACUUACCAGGACCUCCUCCAGCUCCAGUAUGAAGGUGUGGCUGUCAUGAAAAUGUUUGACAAAGCCAAAAUCAACGUCAACCUUCUAAUCUUCCUUCUGAACAAGAAGUUUUUCAAGAAAUAAUGUGCUUCGGGCAACAGCUGUGGAUUACUGGGUCCUUGUUGGAAAGAGGCCAAAGAGACGUAGUGCUGCUUGCUUUACUCCAGUCCUGCUUCAAAGAAACCCAGAAGACCCCCUCAGAGGGGCCUCAGGGCAGAUCCCUGCAUGGCAGAAGGCUUCCUUGGCAUAUAAACCUCGUGCCUGUAGAACACUAGAUCCGUCUGUCAAGGAUAGGCUGCUUUUUUAAGUGCAAAGCAUUUCACCCACAGUCCAGCCCUCUUCAGACACAAACACUCUCGCACACCCCGGUCAUUCAGCCCAGGUAGCCUAAAGCUUCAGGGUUCAGGAAGAACUGAACGUUGCAAGUCUGGAGACCCUAUCUCUAGAGUCAAACAUCUUCCUCUCUCAGUUGCUAGACUCUGAGGAAGCCAAGGACUUCCCCGUUUCCCUCCGCCUUUUGGCGCCCACAGCCCCCCACAGGUUCUUGGCGCUGAUCUCCUGGAGGGGCAGUUUGUUCUCCCACCAGCGGGGCAGCUGGCAAGAAUCAGGCUGGGAGAGGCGAUGGUAUGCAGGCCUGAGAGAGGGGUGGGUGGGUGCUUUUUAAUACUUGUCACUCCCAGCCCUGAGAAUUUACAUAAAAUCAAGUUUCCUCAAAUGGAGAGCUUUAGAAAUUCAGAUUUGUGGGUUACACUUCCGCUCACUGCUAGUUUGAAACUGCCAAGUUAUCAAAAGAGCUCAACUGUUUCUAUACCAGCGUUUGGAAGGCUACUGAAAACUGAAUUCUUUGGAUCUUCCCUGGUAAUUUAAGUAUUCCAUCAAAAGAAUAAGAUAAAAAGUUUGCACAGAUUGUUAAUAUAAUCAGACAUUUUAUUAAGAUCUAUAAUAAACUAUUCAAAUUUUUUAAUAUG